AUGGAUAUAAUAAUUUGGUGUAUUUUUUUAAUUUUUAUUUUGUUAAUAUUUGCAUCUUGCUGGGCAUUUUACAAAUAUUUUGUAAAAGCAAAUGAAUCAACAUUAUUAAUAGCAGUAACUUUUGUUUUGUCUUUAAGUACAAGCUUUAUCUUAGUUCUAUUCAUACCUAUAGACAUUUAUCUAGUUUCAAAUGGAAAUUUGGAAAUUUCUGAUUUUGAAAUAAACCAAAAAAUUGUAUCUAAAAUUUACCAUUUUAUGUUUUGGAUUUUAAUUUUUCAAGCUUAUGUUGUCGUUCCUUUUUCCUAUUUCUAUCUUAAAAAUAAGAAUGCAUACAAAAAUGAAUUUGAUGAUAAUAUAAUACCAUGUGAAAAUGUUAUAGAAUCACUGAAAAAAACUAUAUAUUUUAUAUUUUUUUUAGUUGUAUUGUCAAUAAUUGGUCUAGUAUAUAGACCAGGGCAUAAACUUGCAAUGGAAAAAGGAAAAGAACUUGAGUACAUUUAUGAUUUACUGGAUAUGAAACAUACUGGAGAAUCAGCAGUUCUAUUUUUAAUGGGAUGUGUCGUUUUAAUAGGUGUAUCAUUUUGGGUUACUUAUACAAGUUAUGGAAUAGCUUGUUUACCCUUAUCAUUUCUACAACAAAAAGAUAUAGAAUAUGAAAGAAAAGAAAUAGAAAAUCGUUUUAUUAAUUUAAAGGAAAAAGAAAGAAUGAUAAAAAAUAAGUAUAAUUCAAAUAGUGAAGUAAAGGGUAAUGAUAAAUAUGAAAUACUAAAAAUAGAACAAAUGAAAAGAGUAUUAAGUAGAUACAAUUAUAAAUUGCAAGAGAUAGAAAAAAUAUCAGAAUCAUGGCUAUCAUAUAUUAUAGGAAUAAUAUUUACUUUUAGAGUUAUAACUGGCAUAAUAUUUCUUGUAUUUUCAUUCAUAAUAUAUAUAUCAUUGUUAGCUUCAAUAACUGAUAAAUAUUUUAAUUCUAUUUGUGCUUACAAAUGUGGAUUUGUUCUUGAACAAAUAAAUAGUAUUUUUAACUUACUUGAUUCUUUACUAAUAUUUUUUUCAAGGUUUUUUCCAAUAGAUAUAUUAGUUAUAGCUAGUUUAGCUAUCUAUAUUUUUUGCUGUUCUUUAUAUGGUAUUGUAAAUGUAGGAAUACGAAUUUUUUUUAUCCCAAUAUAUAAACUAAAACCUAAAAAAUCAUCUCCUGAGACUAUGUUAAUUCUUUGUUUUCUAAUUAUACAUAUUAUAUUGGUUCUAAUAAUGACUUUAUUAACAAUUGCUCCUAACUAUAUAACAUAUGGAAUACAAAAUAUUAAACUAAACGAUAACUUAGGUUACAUAAAGUGCUCUUUAAAGACUGACAAAAACGUUUGUAAAAUGUCAGUAUUAUCUGUUUUCUUUAACAAAAUAUUUUUUGGUAUUCCUUAUUUUGCAAAUAGUUACUUUUUUUCCAAUUGGGUAUUUUUAAUUAUGUAUACAUUUUCAUUUAUCCACCAUAUUUUUUUUAAGAAGAAAAGCCACUUAGACAACAUAGAUGAAUUAGACAUAAGCAAAGAUAAUUUUGAUGAAAAUAUGAAUUUGUUACCUUUAGAAAAAUUAACCUAG